AUGGCAAUUACCGAAACACUAAAAUCCACCACCACAGCCGCCCCCAUCACAACCGCAACCACCACGCCGCCGGCCAAACCGGUGGUUCGAAGAUUCGUUGGAGUUCGACAACGGCCCUCGGGGAGAUGGGUGGCGGAAAUUAAAGAUUCAUCUCAACGCGUUAGGUUAUGGUUAGGCACAUAUGAUACACCGGAAGAGGCUGCUCAAGCCUACGAUGAAGCGGCUCGAGCGUUGCGUGGAGAAAAUGCACGAACCAACUUUGCACCGCCGGCUAGCCCUAGUGUCCAGUCCGGUUCACCAAUGAGCGAACCGGAUGCGAAGCAAUAUGGGCUUAGCUUUUCUUCAUUGAAGGCUAAAUUGAGCAAGAACUUACAAAGUAUCAUGGCAAGGUCCAAGGAAAACAAGUCAACGAAAAGUAGAGUGAGUGAUCACUUCACUUUUGCUAGUAUUUUUCACUUCAAGAGCAACCAAUACAGGAAUUCUUCGACGGACAUGAAGAUCAACAAUGAGAAAAUUGUGUUGCCAAGUAUUGUUGUCCCUCCUGUGGUGGAUGAGAUAUCUUCUUGCACUUGGGAGAGCUCAAGUGUGGUGUCAACUAAUAGUAGUGAUUGUCUUGGGUUCUUGCAACCCGGGUUCGACUCGGACGGGUUGGAUAUGGAUCAAAUGAUGGGUUGGAUGAGUAGCCCGGAUGCUAUGAGUGGUUGUGAGGGCGAUCCGGGUUCAAGGAGCAAGAGGUUUAAGGUGUCUUCUUCUAUUUUGGUCCCCCCAACAUUUAGUGGCUCUCCUAAUAAUUAUGGUGCAACAUAA